CGCGGAGGAGGGGGCCGACCGGCGGCGCCCGCGGAGUUGCUGCUGCCACUGCGGAGGCUGGAGGCCGGGCGAGGAGGUCUCGGCCGCGGGACUGGGACAGCGGGGGACGAGAGCUGCGCUUGCCACGGAGGCCGCGGCCUGCCGCACGGACACUGACGGAGCUGCCCGGCUCCGCUCGUCAGCACCAGCAAUGCCCCCCCGGUGCAGUCACCCGUGCGAAUCAGACCGACCCCGGUUUGCCAGCACCGGCAGUGCGCAGCGAGGUUUCCUGGAGGUUCUCCUCAGGCGUUGAGCAGCCAUCUGUAACGAGGGAACGGGGCAGGCAGGCAGGCGGUAGCAACAGGGACACGAGGACAUUGUGAGGGAAGAACAUGGCAACACAGCCGUUCAGUUGUGCAAUUUGGUUCUGUUUGAAUAUAGGAUUUAAGAGAAGCAAUAGCUCUGUUACAAAGUAAUCGGUGUUAGUUCCUUAUUAUUAACAAGGACUGUUCAGUAUCUGGACAACUCAGUACAGAAGUUUGUUACAGAAAUAGAUGGUAAGAAAACAGGAUAAAGCUACGUGAUGGUAAAAAAAAUGUCCAGAGCUAGACAAAAUCUGUGGAUCAUGAGUUAAAACUGCCUCACAGUAAGACACUGUUCAAGAGAUGCCUUUUCUGGAGAGAUUUAAACAAGCAGGAGGACAGCAGUCACUUUUUAGUAUCACUAUGGCUUGUAGCAAAGCUCUGGAACUGAAUAAAGCAGAAGAGGCGAUUCCUCAGGCUUCAUUCUGGUAGUUUAAUUGUAUACGAUGCAAAUAAAUUGCUCUGAACUUGGAGCAGGGGAUCCUAGAGAAUACGUUUUGUUAAUGGACACUUUGAAAAAGCAAGUAACGAGUUAAUUCAGUUUUAUGAUACAUCAGGCUUUCAGUUGCGUGACAGAUUCUUUCUUGAUGGGUUUUAAUGCUGCAGCGCGUCCCAGAAAAACAAACAAACAAAAAGACGUUAACCAGCAGCUUCUGUCAUCCUGGAGGACAAGUGACACGUGAAGAACUGUUAUCGCCUCUUCCGCAUCUGCACUGCACGGUUCUGCGCGGGGGGGUUCCAGAGCGCCCGUCACGGGGGAGUCUAAACUCUCCCCUCCCUCGCGGGACACCCUCAGGAGCCCGAAGACGCCAGCCCCGGCCGCUGCCCCGCGGGACGGGACGCGACGGGACGGCCGCCGCCGCGGCGCUGGCAGCGCGGCCGCUCUGGCCCGCCUACGGCGCUCUCUAUGGUCGGCGGGGGUUGGCCGCUCUGGCCCCUCUAGGACGCGCUCUGUGCCCCCGCUCGGAAGGCCGAUGACACGGAUUCCGGGGCUCAGUACGGAAGCGGGCGCCGGGUGAGCACUUCGCCGGCUGCGCGCGCAGCCCGCGCUCCUGGCGCCGAGCAGCACGACGCGGCCGCCAUCGCCAGGGGGUCCCGGCCCCGGCCGUGUCCGGGAACAAUAAAGCUCUUGUUGCGAGCGCCGGCGCUGGGAGCCGGGCAAGCCCCUCCGCCGCCCGUCCCUCCCCCCUGCGCGUCGGGCCCUGCGCCCGGUGCAUGGAGAAGCAGGGCAGGAUGGACUGCCCCGCGCUGCCCCCGGGCUGGAAGAAGGAAGAGGUGAUCCGCAAGUCGGGCCUCAGCGCCGGCAAGAGCGAUGUCUACUACUUCAGUCCAAGUGGUAAGAAGUUCAGAAGCAAGCCUCAGUUGGCAAGAUACCUGGGAAACACUGUUGAUCUCAGCAGUUUUGACUUCAGAACGGGAAAGAUGAUGCCCAGUAAAUUGCAGAAGAACAAACAGAGACUAAGGAAUGAUUCUCUCAAUCAAAAUAAGGGAAAACCAGACUUAAAUACAACUUUGCCAAUCAGACAAACAGCAUCAAUUUUCAAACAACCAGUCACCAAAGUUACCAAUCAUCCUAGUAACAAAGUGAGAUCUGAUCCACAGCGAGUAACAGAGCAGCCACGACAGCUUUUCUGGGAGAAGAGGCUACAAGGUCUCAGUGCAUCUGAUGUCAGUGAACAAAUCAUAAAAUCCAUGGAGCUACCUAAAGGUCUUCAAGGAGUUGGCCCAGGUAACAAUGACGAUACCCUGUUAUCAGCUGUUGCUAGUGCUUUGCACACCAGUUCUGCACCUAUCACAGGACAGCUCUCUGCAGCUGUAGAAAAGAACCCGGCUGUUUGGCUUAAUACAUCUCAACCCCUCUGCAAAGCUUUCAUAGUCACAGAUGAUGACAUUAGAAAACAAGAAGAGCGGGUGCAACAAGUGCGUAAAAAACUGGAGGAAGCGCUAAUGGCAGACAUCUUGUCACGAGCAGCUGAUACGACAAAAGAUAUAGAUGUAGAAAUGGAUAAUGGCGAUGAAGCAUAAAAAGAAAUCAGGUACUUUUAACUGACUUGUCCCAGGAGGAAAUUCCUAAAAGCCAGAGGCACUUUCUCCUUCGGUCUUUCGUUAUAAGAAGAAAUGGACCCAUGCACAUUUAUAUAGCUUUCUAAUAGCAUUAAAACCAAUGCCUUUUUUAGACUCCUAUUUUUGAUGUAUAUAUCUUAUUUGAAAAGCAACUUUAUUUUGUGUCCUAUGACUUAAAGUCCUUUUUUAAGUAUUGAACAUUACCCUUAAUCUAAAGCUGAGCUUUUGAUGCCAGGUUGCAAACCUACUGGAAUUAUAUUGCCCCUACUAAAUAUUUGUUUUUCCUGUGGUUUUUAGUAAGGAUGGAUCAGGAGAACAGAAUGAUUUCCCAAUUAAAGGUUAUUGUGACUCAGUGUAUAUAAACAGAUUUUUAUACCUAUGGGUGAAAACACCUGUACAUUCUUCCGUCAUCACUGUAAAGAUAAAUAAAUGAUUAUAUUCCGA